GUGAAACAGUGAAACUCUCAGAUCAAAUCAGUGUCAGUGUCACACAGCACAGUACUGACAGAUGUCAUCUAUCAUGUUUUGGUCUAAGUGGUGUGGGUUGUAUUAGAACUGAAUCGAAUUUCAUUACGUAAGUUUAAUUGCAAAAUAAUAUCGAACGAGAUGUCAUUUUUACUGAAACGUACCCUCGGUGCAACUGCAUACUGGGGACGCAGUAUUUUUAACAAUGUGAAAACCCCAAUAACUGUGCGAGUUGCUACAAAAGCCGAUCAGGCUGGACCCCAGGCAGAAACACGACCCACUGUGGCCAAAGUUGAUCCUGUUCAAAAAACCCAUUUAGUGGAUUUUGGUAAAUAUGUCGCUGAAUGUUUGCCGAAAUAUGUACAAAAGGUUCAAUUAACAGCUGGGAACGAAUUGGAAGUUCUUAUCCCUCCUGAGGGUGUAAUUCCCGUGUUGCAGUUUUUAAAAGACAACCACAGCGCACAAUUCACGAAUCUUGUAGACAUUGCUGGCAUGGAUGUACCUAACCGACCCAACAGGUUUGAGAUCAUUUACAACCUGCUGUCUCUGCGGUACAAUGCCAGAAUUAGAGUCAAGACCUAUACUGAUGAGUUGACUCCUGUCGAUUCUGCCAAUGAUGUAUUUAAAGCUGCAAACUGGUAUGAAAGAGAAAUCUGGGACAUGUUUGGAGUAUUCUUUGCUAACCAUCCUGAUUUGAGGAGAAUUUUGACUGACUAUGGAUUUGAGGGUCAUCCAUUUAGAAAAGAUUUCCCACUGAGUGGCUAUGUGGAGGUACGCUAUGACGACGAGCAAAAACGAGUAGUAGUAGAGCCCUUGGAAUUGGCUCAAGAGUUCAGGCGUUUUGAGUUAAGUGCUCCUUGGGAACAGUUCCCUAAUUUCCGCAGCAACCCUGCUUCAGAAGAAGUUGUAAAUCCAGCUGAAGAGAAGGCAAAACAAUAAUCAGCUGUUAUAACUAGAGGAAAUAGUAUGUCUGUGAAAUUUAUUUAAAUAAAGAACUUAAAGUCAUCAA